AUGCCGACUGAUGAAGGUCUCUGGGACAGCUUCAAUAUUCGCGCGCUACGGAAAUCCCUCCAGAGCCACCUCUCACUUUCGGACCUUCGACCAGCAAAUGUUGUCCCUCCUGGUUAUCAUCAAGUAUCAUUCAACAAACUACCUUAUGAGCAUGAGCUAGGCCACGACGGUGCUGAAAAGCGCCAUGCGCCCAACGAUGAGUGGAAGUAUCGGGUCUGGGCUGGAGGCUACAUGGAAUUCCAGAUCCCCAAUAUAUGGACCGACCGGCCCAAAAUCGUCGCUGUCAAUGAAAGGAUCACAGACACUCGACUAGUCGGCGAUCUUGCCAGUGAAAACGCCAAAGUAUUCGUCACGUUAACAAGGACUCUCUUUCCCGCCAUGGUGGAUCCCCAAGGGAAGCCUGUGCGCAGGAGGCUGGGAGGCCUUCGCGCCACGAACCAAAGGGACAACAUCGUGCUCAAAGAGGAGAAAUACCUCUGCUUCAUGCGAGAAAUCCCAGACAGUCUCAAAUCGACGGCUUCGCCUCGCCGUAAGCUACCGCCUCCUUCUAACCCGGUGUAUUCCCAAAGCAUGGUCCCUUCACCAACGCUGCUCUUUAGAUUCAGCGCACUGUCGAGAAACGCCCACGCCAUACAUCUCGACGCAGAAUAUACCCGACUGGUCUACAACCUCCCAAAACUCAUAGUGCACGGCCCGCUCACCUCUGUCCUAAUGCUGGAUAUCCUUGGAGAAGCGCUCGCUCUCUACACGGCCGGGAAACCGUACACCUUCGCCGUGCGGACAUUUCAGUACAAGAAUCUUCUGCCGCUAUUUGUGAAUGAACAGAUCACAAUUGCGUGCAAGAAGUUGCACGACAUUCAGCCGCAAGGGACGAAAUUUAAGUCCGCGUUUGGUGGAGUGACGUGGGAGAAAUGGGAGGUCUGGAUCCAAAAAGGAGUAGGCGAAGAUGCGACCGUGGCGGUUCGAGGAUCGGCUUGGGUUUCGCCGGUGGCGCAUCGCGGCGCAGAGGCCUCGUCGGAAGCUGCUGCUGAGGCAUUGGGUCCGUCGAACGUGGAAACUCAAAAUCCAGAUUUGAAUGGGGAGGAAGAAGAGAAGCAGGCGACGAAGACUUCGUCGGAGUGA